UGAAGUAAAGUGUAACAUCCUAUAACAUAAACUUGGGCAAUCAUGCGUAGAAUUACUUGUUCUAAUUACACUAUUUUUUGUACGAAUAUCUGAUUAGAAAGAACUAGGAGGUUGGCCUUUCAAUCCCCUGCACGCGGCAGGGAAGGGGCUAAGAUUUGCAGAGAGGGAGAGUGUAACGAGGGACCAGUCAAGGCGACACUGAUCAAAUAUUUCUGUUUCCACACACAACAACACGGCUUAGAGGUUUUGUGUGACACGCUCGUGUUUAAACUGGGCCUGACACGUCACUAGCAUCUCGUGUCAUAAUGACAUGGACAUCUAUUUGUUUCACUUGUUCCGUCCUCAUCUUAUUCUACGAUGUGGCACUGUCGGCAAAAUUGAAAAAUACAAAUAAAAGCGAAUUUCAGCAUGGUUCAAGGGAGGUUAUCACCGAUCAUUCGGCGUUACAAACAAAGACGAACAGACACGGGGAGGCGAAAUCUACACGUUCUAAAGCAACGGAUGUCCAAGAUGGAGGUGUUAUACGUGGGGAAGAGUGGAUUUGGGAGAUGCUCGAGCAGGCUGCGCGGGAACACAGUCGGGAAAACGCGAAGGACUUUGCCCUCCUUCGCGACGAAUUGCUUCAACAUAUCGACACGUUAAUACAGAUGCUAUGGAACUCACUGAGACAUAUGGAUCACAUCUACAGAGAAUCACGUGGAAUCUGGUCUAGGCAGUAUUCUAAACUAAGAGAUUCAAUCAUAAAACUUAAUCAAGCAAGUAAUAUUGGUUAUAAUACAGUUUUAAAGACUGCAAAUUUUAGUCGGAAUCUUUACAUUAGAGCUCACACAAAACAGACAUCAAAACCAUCAACUGUGUUGGAUGCUGCUAAAGGGAGAGAAUUUUCAGGGAACAUUGAGCUUGUUCAUCAGGAACAGAACAAAGUACAAGAAAACAUGAAAGUCAUACUUGCCAUGAAAACGAAUGUCAAAAAUGGAGAAGCUCGUUACAAACAAGUUAAUCAGUUAUUCAAGAAUACCCAUGACGCAGAAAUCAUUAAGGAUUUUUACAACAAUCUUAACUCUGCAAUAUUUACUAUAAACAAACUUCGUAGGAGAUCACCCACUAUUAAACUUCUACACUUAAAACAGAGGUAUUUAAACCACACUAGAGCUCUUCUUCACGAGGCCAAAACUAGUUUAAAGAACUCUCUAGAAAUAAUUGACAAUGGCCAGAAGUUGUUUCUGGAAACUGAAAACAAUUGGAAGAAAGAGAAGAAAUCUGGAAAUUUACCAAGAACAGAAACAACCCUCACAAAACAAGUUAAAUCACAUGUCUCUCACUUAAAUGAGGAUUCAAAUAAAUUGCAAAACUCUUUGGCUGGUCCAAUUCAGCAUGCAAAUAACAGAUUGGCAACUUUGAACAAAAAAGACUCAACAUUUGUCAUGAGCUCUUAUGUCAUGGAUCUUAAAAGAGUAAUAAAGGACAUUGAUUCAUUUCUGGACUUAAUCAGAGCAACUAUUAAAAGAAAAACAGACAGGAAAUGCCUAAUAAUUUAUGAAGGAUCUGGACUGGAUGAAUCAGAUGAAGAAGAUGAAUGUACCCAGGAAAGUAGUAGCUAUGACACACAUGAGGGCUCUCAAAAACCAGAUUUGGGUCAGGUCAAUGAAGAUUUUACCUUUGGUGAUUUACCGGAUUAUAAAAAAGUUGUUAAUGUGAGCCAAAUACAACUACUACAAAAUGAUCUUCUUGAAUAUAUUCCUAAGUUUUCCAAAGAAAAUGAAAGAAUAAAUAACAGUGGAGAAUAUUUAUUGAGAUUAACUGCUGUACUACACCAAAAUUUAACUGUGAGCAAGCAAAAAAUCAUCUCUAUAGUGAAACAUACAGCACUGCAAGAAAACUUCUUGAAACAUACUACAGAGCAAGUCAAAGAAAUAGAUGAAAUUCAUAAAAGAAUUAAACUGGUAUCAAACAAAAUUAUAAACAUAACCAAGUAUAACUACAGUGACAUUUUGGAACAUGCAAAGACCAAACUCAGAUUAGCUAAGAAGGAUAUAAGUGAAAAUAGUUCUAAUACUGAAAAAAAGAUUGAAGUGGUACAAGAAGAACAGUCUGGUUUUCAGAUUAAUGGUUCCAUUAAAGAUGACAUAAUUUUACUGAAGUCGAAAAGUUUAGAAACUUGUGAAAAGAUUAGGGAACUUGGAUUAAAUUUAAACAGCAUGAGAAAAAACAUUACAAUGCUUCGUUCAAAAUUAAAUAGAGCCAAUCACAUGCUUACUUCUCUCAGGAUUUUUAUUUCAAACACACAAAAUAGCUACAUAUCUGUUCCUGUACAGCAAAGAAAUAGAAAUGUAACUUCUCUGGUUACAACAAUUAGUAUAUGCAUAAAACCAACAACUUUAGAUGGUGCAGUUGUGACAAUAUCAGGUUAUAACUCAGAGUUCUACGGUCUUACACUGGAUAAUGGGAAAAUAAAAAUUACUACUUCGUAUUCAAGUGAAGUUUUUGGAUUUCCACCCUUGACAAAACAUCAAUGGUAUACCAUAAAAUUUAAGCUGACAGGAGCAACAGUGAACGUAACUUUAAUUGGACAAGAUGGUAUUUCUAAACAUGAACAAGCUUCCUUCUCUAGCAUGAGCCAUCCCUUCCAGCUUACAGCAGUUCAUGUUGGAGGAGUGCCAUCAACACUUAAGUGGAAUGUUGACAUGUGGCAUGGAUGCUUAGGCGAUCUGUUGGUGGAUGGAGAACUAGUUUACUUGUAUAGAAAAGAUGCUAAUAGUAAAUUACCAAGUGCUUGUACUGAACAAAGAAUUGCAGAUAAUAAAAGUAUUUCUACAGUUUUUGGGGGAGAUAGCUACAACAUUUACAGAGUAGUGCCAGAAAAUUUUCAAUCUAUUAGUAUCAAAUUUAAGACUUGGCAAAUUUAUGCCUUUUUGUUAUCUGUUGUUGAUAGACGCAUGAAUAUAUCCUUGAGUGUGGUACUUACAAAUGGAUUUUUGAAAAUAGAAAAUUAUUGGGAUUCAGAAACUGUUGUGCUACAAACUGUAAAUAAUUCAUUUAACAAUGGGCAUUUUCAUUUCCUGAAGAUUGAGUUCAAGGACAAAAGAAUAUAUGCAGAGAUACAGGGAAAUAAUAAAGUAUUCACUUCUGGAAAAUCUAGUCAAACUAUGUUUAGAGAAUUACAAGUACAUGAAGGAAUAAUACUUGGAGCCUUAUUAUCACCCCAAAAAGUUUUUAUCAGAUCUCAAUAUAGACCACUAAUUGGCUGUAUUGAAAACUUAAGUAUAAAUAACAAAGAGGUUCAGCUCACAGAAGCUAAUGAUGUCUACAAUUCUUACUAUGGCUAUUGUCAAGAUUCAGGCUUUGUUAAUCUGAGGUUCUCAUGUUGGCAAUGGACAACAGGCAGUAAGCCACUAACUGUAGGCACCUUAGACAAUGCAAACAGACUAGCAAUACUUGUGUCAAGAAAUGCCCAUGGAUUAGUAUUAAGCUAUUCGAAGGAAGAGGAAUUCAACAAUAUAAUUGUCUUAAAAAAUGAUAGUAUUGAGAUGAGCUCUAUGGGCGAAGAUGUCAUCAAAAAUGUAAUACUGAAUCCUGAAAAAUUUAAGGCCCCGUUUUCUACCGUCACCUUAAUUGACGAUGGUUCAAGUGUGAUAGUCAAUGCAUGGAAUCAAGAAAUGAAGACAACAUACACAAAAUGGUAUAGUUGGUUCAGUACACCUGAAAAAAAGCCUCAUACUAUAACCAUUGGAGAUAUUCAGGGAAAAGAAUUAUUCGAGGGAUCAGUUUCUCAAUUUGCAAUAGAAUACAGGAUAUUUGACUUGAGUUUGUAUGCUACAAGUCACAACCUCACUACAUGUCAAGUGCCAUAUGAAGAUGUAAACCAAACAGAUGACCAGGAUGUCCACAUAUGUACCUAGGUUGUAAUAAUGUACAUUUCAAAUCAAAACAAACACUAUGGCAAGUUUCAAUAUGAAUCAAUUUUAU